AUAACCAGCCCUUGUCCCUUGCUUUCAUCGCAUCUCGUGUCCUUCAACCAUCUGCGAGUCAUCUGCGCCGUCAUGAAUCCAGCAGCAACGGGAGUCAUUACAAGUACCGACACAUCCCAACUCAACUCCAUGGCCUCCGUUGAAAAGACACCAGAGGCCGCAUUCGCUCCUUUAGGAGGAACUUUUGCUGUGCUCACUAUUGACCCUGUUGCAUCGGUGGAAUAUUUGGAUGACCCCGAGGCGACAACGGCAAGUGCCAAACUUGUUAGCAAGGACUACGUGGUGUCAAUUCCUGCUCUCCAGUGUAUGUUCAAUCCUGCGGCGCCUUUUCGCGAAGAAGACGUUUUAUUCGUCCAGCAAGGCAGACCGCAAGAUUUCCCUGCCCAAUGUAUUGACGCCAGCAUGUCGAUUCCGAUUGUCCCUCAGAAUUGCGGUGUCGACGAGCAUCCGUCGAAACGCGAACUAGUUAGGAUGGCGACCAACCCAUUUCCUUUUGCGGACUGCUACUUGUGUGCGUUCGCGACCGCCAAUGUGCGCACCGCAAAUAUCCUCGUUGUGGACCCUAUCAUCUGUGUUCUCCACAAAGAAGACCAAUUGCGCGUCAGCAAUUUGACGGAGGAUGACUUCGAGCUUCGCCGCCUCAAGCGUCUACGAGAGCAGAAAGGGAAAGAAGAGCAGCGUCAAAAUGUGAUACCGCCAGCGAGAAGGAUGACGGAAGCGAUGUAG